AUGAGCAAACUCAACGGGCCAGGCCAUGACCCUCGUAUCGUCGUCGACCCCCCUGAUCUCGCAGCCUGGCGUGACAAGCUCUUCAACGUGGACGACCUCAUCGUCCUCACCGAUGAUCAGUUCGAGACCUAUUUCCCGCACAUUGACAAUGUCUACUCACACCGCUCGACGCAGCGGUACAAGCGCAAACCGUUCGUCUCACACUACUGGGACUGCCGCAUGAAGGGACGCCCGCCAGGCACGCCCAAGAGCGACGACCCAAACAAGAAGAAGAGGAAGCGCAACGCCAGGGAACGCGACCUGUGCGACGUGAAGAUCAAGAUCACAGAGUAUGCCCCCGGCGCCCAGAUUCAACUGGAGGAUGGCCUGGGCACGUUCCCCGCGCAGCCGCCGCCGGCCAUGGACAUGAUCGGGCCCGGGCAGAAGUUCUGGACGGUCCAGAGGGUCAACGGCAACGGCGGCAACGGAAAGGGGGAUGGCGUGGCCGGGCCACAUCGCCACUCGCUGCAGAAGAGCGAUGAGAUCAAGAAGAACAGCGUGCAGCGAUGGCUGGCCAAGCAGGAGAAGGAGACCAAGAAGGGACAGAGCAAACCUAUCCCUCGGAAGGCUACGGGGACAGCGCUGACGACUGUCAAGAAACACAGCAGGGACAGUGACCUCAAGCUUUACUCGGCCUGUUUCUGCCCGUUUUCGCAGAGAGUUUGGAUUGCCCUGGAGGCUAAAGGCAUCGCGUAUCAGUACUGCGAGAUUGAUCCGUACCGCAGACCCGUGCCCACGCCCUUCCUGGAGGCGAACCCGCGAGGUCUGACGCCUGCCAUUCGACAGGGUGACUGGGCGUGUGCCGAGAGCGCCGUCAUCCUCGAAUACGUAGGUAGAGGCUACGUACAGCUGGAAGAUUUGGACAAGGAGACGCCCCUUUUCCCGACGGAUCCGCGGUUGAAGGCCAACUGCCGCCUAUGGAUUGAUCAUAUCAACGAGCGCAUCGUACCCGCGUUUUAUGGCAUCUUGCAGGCUCGAGACAUGGCUGGCCCGCACCCUGAGCUUGUCGACAAGCUGCAAGCCGCCAUCACCAGCCUCGUGCUCGCUGCGGAUGAGCAAGGUCCGUACUUUCUGGGCGGCAGCCUCAGCCUUGUCGAUGUGCACUUUGCCCCCUUUGCCCUACGGCUCUCGCGUGUACUCCAGCCCUCGCGCGGGUGGUCUGAGCCUAUCCCAGGGACCAGGUGGCACCAGUGGCUGGACGCCCUCGAGGGCAACGUCCAUGUCAGUGCCACCACGAGCACCAAAGAGCUGUAUGUGGAGACCACCGAGGUCCUGCUGAUGAAGCCGGCCCUGCCAGGAUGA